UCGAGGCCAAGUUUGGGGUCUCGGAUGCUGGCACUGAUAUGUACAUCAUGGAACAAUUCUAUGACUACAGGAUGACUGCAGAGCGCUUCGUGGUUGAGCAAACUCACGAAAUACAGUCAUUUGCAAGAGAACUUGAGCAUUUCAAUUGCAUUCUACCGGACAAGUUUGUUGCCGGAGGCAUCAUCACUAAACUUCCUCCUUCGUGGAAGAACUUUGCUACCUUACUGAAGCAUAAGAGGCAGGAGUUUUCCGUUCCGGAUCUCAUUGGUACUCUUGAUGUGGAAGAAAAGGCGAGAGCAAAAGACACACGUGCUCGAGGUACUGAGGGAGGAUCCAGUAUCAAUCUGGUACAGAAGAAAAAAUUCCGGCCCCACAAUUUCAAGAACAAGGGCAAGUUUGAUGGUAAGGGAAAGUUUGAUGGGAAUAAUGAGGCUUCGCAGCACACCAACUUCAAGAAGAACACUGACAAGAAGAAAGGUGUUUGUCAUAUCUAUGGAGAUCUUGAUCAUUGGGUACCCAGCUGCCCUAACCAUUAUGACAAGCGUCAACAUGGGAAAGGCGGCAAGACCGCUAAUGUUGUCAUUGGUGACACUAACGUGAAGGAUGUUGGACCACAGGGACUUCCACCAUGCUGAUGGGCAAUGGUUCAAGUGCUUCUGUUCUUGGUGUUGGCUCGGUUGAUCUGAAGUUUACUUCAGGGAAGAUCGUGCGACUGAAGAACGUGC